AUGCGUCGGCUGCGGCCGUUGGAGCAGCAGCGACUCGGAGCGGCGCCGACCCAUCAUGUACGGACCCGCGGGGCCGGGAGGCCGGAGGCGGCGCGGGGGCGGCGGCGCUCGGCCUAAGCAGACGGAGCGGAGCCUGGCCUCGGCGCUGCCCGGGGCCCUGUCCAUCACGGCGCUGUGCACGGCCCUGGCGGAGCCCGCGUGGCUGCGACUCCACGGCGGCGUCUGCCCGCGUCAGGAGCUCGGGGUGUCUGACGUGUUGGGGCCGGUCAGCGAGGCCCUGCUGGAGGAUUACUGUAUGAACCCUCAGACCAUUCUCCUGCUGCGGGUCAUCGCUGCCUUCUGCUUCCUGGGUAUCAUCUGCAGUCUCUCUGCAUUCCUGCUUGACGUUUUUGGACCCAAACACCCAGCGUUGAAAAUCACGCGCAGAUACGCGUUUGCACACAUUCUGACCGUCCUGCAGUGUGCCACAGUGAUUGGCUUCUGCUACUGGGCCUCAGAGCUGAUCCUGGCCCUCCAACAACAGCACAAGAAGUACCACGGUUCCCUGGUGUACGUGACCUUUGCCGUCAGCUUCUACCUGGUGGCUGGAGCCGGAGGAGCCUCCAUUCUGGCCACAGCGGCCAACUUGCUGCGUCACUAUCCCACCGAGGAGGAGGAGCAGGCGCUGGAGCUGCUGUCAGAGAUGGAGGAGAACGAACCAUAUCCAGUAGAGUACGAGAUUGUCAACCAGUUCCAACCUCCACCCGCUUAUACACCGUGAACGCUAGGACGUGUGUGUAUGUGUGUCAUUCAUUCCCCUGCGUAUCUCCAGUCUGUCACGCUUCACUCAGCCUUCUUUUCAUACGGUUGUGAGUUUCCUGUCGAUCACACUUUCCGCCAACCUUUCCUCACCCUCAAAGCCGACUCCUACGUUCCGCACUGACUAUGUGCUGCCCAUCUCCACCUCGCAAAGGAAAUGUUGUCUUCUCUCCUGAACCUAACAAAUGAUCCCUGUUCUUGCACAUAACUUUCUGACGAGAUUUACAUUUUUCCGACCUGCAAACUGGCUUCAAACUGGGUUUCGACGACUGUGUAAAAAAAAGGAAGUAACAUUUUUUGUAAACUUUUUUAUUUUAGAAAAUAAACACGUCUCUUAUUUCAUGAUAUUAUAAAUAAACCAGAAAGUUCCGCUGUGA